AUGCACCUCCAAGUGAAUCAAAUUCCCCCUACUAAUCUUUUUCUUCUUCUUUUCUUUUUCUUCUUCUUUUCUUUUCCUUCUUCUUUUUCUUUCUUUUCUUUUCCUUCUUCUCUUCUUUCUCUCUUCUUCUUUCUCUCUUCUUUUUCUUCUUCUUUCUCUCUUCUUUAUCUUCUUCUUUCUCUCUUUCUUUUCUUCUUGCUUUUCUUCUUCUUUCUUUCUUUUUCCUCUUUCUUUUUCUUCUUUCUUUUUCUUCUUUCUUUUUCUUCUUCUUUCUUUUUCUUCUUCUUUCUUUAUCUUCUUUUUCUUCUUUCUUUUUUCUUCUUUUUCUUUCUUUUUUCUUUCUUUUUCUUCUUUUCUUUUUCUUCUUUCUUUUUUCUUCUUUUCUUUUUCUUCUUUCUUUUUUCUUCUUUUUCUUCUUUCUUUUUUCUUUCUUUUUUCUUUAUUUUCUUCUUUCUUCUUUAUUUUUUCUUUUUUCUUUAUUUUUUCUUUAUUUUUUUUUCUUUAUUUUCUUCUUUCUUCUUUCUUUCUUCUUCUUCUUUCUUUCUUUUUUCUUCUUUCUUUUUUCUUCUUUCUUUUUUCUUCUUUCUUUUUUCUUCUUUCUUUUUUCUUCUUUCUUUUUUCUUCUUUCUUCUUCUUCUCUCUUUCUUCUUUCUUUCUUUCUUCUUUCUUUCUUUCUUUUCUUUCUCCUUUCUUUUUUCUUUUCAUACUACAUAUUUAACAUCUAUCUCUCGCCUUCACGCUUCCUCUUCAAUUCCUUCCUCUCCAUCCCCCGUGGCUUGGGAAGAAGAGAUUGAAGAGGCUCAUGAAAGAAAGCUUCGGUAUGAGGAACUGGUGGCUGAGGUCCGUGAGAUGGUAUGCGGCUGCACCCCGAUGACGUUCGAGGUUGGCUGUAGAAGCUUUUCUGCUGCUUCUUUAAAGAGAUUCCUCAAGUGCGCUGGUAUCCAAAUGCCGAAUAAGGUGAUAAAGACCUGUGACGAGAAAGCGGUGGAAAGCAGUGCGUGA